GGCGCGAAUGCGCAAUGGAGAAGGGAAGCGGGGACCUUCCUGGAGAGAGCCUGGAGAUCUAAGGAAGGGGGAUUUGGGGUUUGGAAGGGGGCUGGCAGAUCCCCAAGCCCUUCCCCGAGGCUCUGGUAAAGGGGGUGAAGCUCUCCCGGAGGUGCAAACACCAAGCCAUGGAGGCAGAAGAGGAGGAGGCGAGGAGGAGCUUUUUCCAGCGCCUCCCCAAAGUGGAGCUCCAUGCACAUUUGAACGGCUCCAUCAGUUCCGACACCAUGAAGAAACUGAUGGCCUCCAAACCAGAACUUCAGUUGAGUGACAGAAUGACAACGAUUGACAAGGGGAAGAAGCGAAGUCUGGAAGAAUGUUUUCAGAUGUUUCAGAUGAUCCAUCGGAUUACCAAUCGGACUGAAGACAUAUUAAUGGUAACCAAAGAAAUUAUUCAGGAAUUUGCCACUGAUGGGGUCAAGUAUCUGGAGCUCCGGAGCACACCCCGAGACGAACCUGCCACAGGAAUGACUAAAAGAUCAUACAUAGAAGCUGUCCUCGAAGGCAUAAGGCAAUGCAAAGAAGAUGAGCUAGAUAUUGAUGUCAGAUUUCUAGUGUCGGUGGACAGAAGAACGGGGCCGACAGUUGCUAAAGAAAUAGUGAAACUGGCCCAAGACUUUCUCCUUUCCUCCGACGGACUGGUUUUGGGGCUUGACCUCAGCGGAAAUCCUAAUGCAGGACAUGGCCGGGACUUUUUGGAGCCUCUGUUAGAAGCCAGAAAAGCUGGCCUGAAGUUGGCAUUGCACCUUUCGGAGAUCCCAAACCAAGAAGAGGAGACCAGGCUUCUCCUGGGACUCCCACCUGACAGAAUCGGUCACGGGACGUUCCUCCAUUCCCCGUCAUCCCCGGAUCUCAUGGAGAUCGUCAGGAAAAACCACAUCCCCCUUGAAUUGUGCCUGACGUCAAACCUCAAAGCAGAGACCGUGCCUUCAAGCGACCAGCACCAUUUUAGCUUUUGGUACAACAUGGGGCAUCCUCUGGUGCUUUGUACGGAUGAUAAAGGCGUCUUUGCAACUGGCUUGUCUCAGGAGUAUCAGCUGGUGGCGGAUACGUUUCAUCUCUCCCAAGAACAGAUGUGGAACAUCUCCUAUCGUGCCAUCGACCACAUUUUUGCAUCCAGCCUGACGAAGAUGCAUCUCAAAGAACGGUGGCAAGAACUGAAACCAUCUCUACUUAAAUAGCAGACACUGAAUAUCAACAUGUGACUUACGUAGAGAAGACUUGGGCAAAAUGAAGUGUAUGGAUUGUAUGCCCCAAUCCUCAAUAUAUAUGUUAAGGAAAUGUUUACAAGGUUCCUUACGUUAAGCAGGAAGUCAACACAAAGCUCCUUAUGGUUAACACCAAUUAAGGAGAGUCAACAUCUGCCUGGAAGCCAGGAUCUUUCAGGCUGGAAAAACAUCUAUCAUUCAUUUAAAACUUUGGAACAACAUCAGGAAGAAAUAUUGCUAUAUAAGAGACCUUUUUACAAUCCAAAAUUGUGGUAGAGUGGAGUAGUCUGUCCCACCAAUCCUCAAUAUAUAUGUGUGCGUCUGUGUCAAAAAUAUAUGCUGUGUGGUUUGAAGGGAAUUGUAUGAAAGUUGGAAGAAUGGACCUAGUUGCUGAUGAGAAUUGUGAUAAUGAUUUAACUGUUGAACUUUGGGGGGGAAACUACAUUUUUACAUUAUCAGAGACAAUGGCUCUUUAAGUUAAGGAAAAUGUUUACAAGGUUCCUUACAUUAAGCAGGAAGUCAACUACAAGAAGGAGGUGAAGAAUUCAUGGAGUGUAAUUAAAAGUUGUUGAUGAGAACUGUGAUAAUGAUUAACUGUUGAACUUUUGGGGAAAAAUGUUUUUACAUUAUCAGAGACAAUGGCUCUUUAAGUUAAGGAAAAUGUUUACAAGGUUCCUUACAUUAAGCAGGAAGUCAACUACAAGACAGAGGUGAAGAAUUCAUGGAGUGUAAUUAAAAGUUGUUGAUGAGAACUGUGAUAAUGAUUAACUGUUGAACUUUUGGGGAAAAAUGUUUUUACAUUAUCAGAAACAAUGGCUCUUUAAGUUAAGGAAAUGUUUACAAGGUUCCUUACAUUAAGCAGGAAGUCAACUACAAGAUGGAGGUGAAGAAUUCAUGGAAUGUAAUUAAAAGUUGCUGAUGAGAACUGUGAUAAUGAUUAACUGUUAAAUUUUUUGGGGAAAACUAAGUUUUUACAUUAUCAGAAACAAUGGCUCUUUAAGUUAAGGAAAUGUUUACAAGGUUCCUUACAUUAAGCAGGAAGUCAACUACAAGAUGGAGGUGAAGAAUUCAUGGAAUGUAAUUAAAAGUUGCUGAUGAGAACUGUGAUAA